AGAAUGCGAACAUUCUUUUCGCCACGGCAUCGAAGUUGAUAAACACAAAAGAAAAUCUGCAGGGUGUAAUUAGCGAAAGAUUUGAAAAUGAACAACCUGUUUAUUGCUUGUGUUUCGUUUCUUCUUGUAUCGUUCGUCGUGGCUGAUCACCAUGCGCCAAAAUUUUGCUCCGAAAAUGCAACUGAGUGCAACUUGGCUGGCAUAAAUGUGACAUGUGUCGAAAGUUCAGACUGCGCCAAAGAGGUUGCUGAUGACAAAGCUGAUUUGACGUACGCAUCUGCAAACAAUAUGAUCAAAAACGUGGAUAAACUUCAAAUCGUCCUUAGCCAACAGUAUGACGGUGUUCCCGAAAAAUACGUGCUCUAUUACGGCCUAGCUGUUGUAAAGAAAGAUGCGACUUUUAAUUUCACUGAGUUGAAAGGCAAAGAUUCGUGUCACACCGCAGUUGGAAGAACAGUCGGAUGGAACAUUCCUGUUGGUUAUCUUCUUUACGAAAAAGAAAUGCCAUUAAUCAAUAAUGCGUAUGAAUCAGUUUCUAAAUUCUUUGGCAAAACGUGUGCUCCAGGCGCUGACAAACUUGACGCAAGUGAAUCGGUAAAGAAAGAUCUUUGUAGUUUGUGUUUAAAUGAAAUAUGUAGCACCACAGCAAGCAACACAUACCUGGGCUACGUGGGUGCAUUCAAAUGUAUGGCUGAUGGCAAUAAUAAUAACCGAGUUGGAUUUGUGAAGCAAACCACAGCAGAUGAAUACGUCAAGAAAUAUGGCGGUAAAAGGGAAGACUUCAAACUCUUGUGUACGGAUGGGAAAACAAAAUCUCUCGAUGACUUCCAGACAUGUAACAUUGAUAAAAGACCUAUUCAUGCUAUUGUUACAAGUUCAAGCAAAUCUGCAAAAGAUGUUAAAAAAUACCAAACCUUGUUCACAAAUGCCAACCUUGACGAUUUAAAAGCAGGUGGAAUGGCUUUUAACGGCACCAAAAGCUUGGAAACGUAUGCAAAAACGCUCGAAGAUUAUUUGAAGCCGUAUUCCCUCCAUUACAAUGAAGUGCAGAAGACAGAAAAAACAAACGAUGCGUCCACGGUUCUUGUUUCUUUCGCUUUGCAGAUCGUCGCCAUUUUUGCAUACACUCGUUUGAUAUAGUUUGAAACAAUACAUCUAUGUUGCAUUUCUUUUUCAUUUGUCAUUAGAACUAUAAACCUAAACGCUUUGUAAUUGUAGUUAAAGCAUGCAUUUAUAGUUAUUUUUUAGAUAAAAGAAAACUUACUCUGUUGCGGUGAACAGUUUUUUAAUGUUUUUCCCAGCUUUUAGAUUUAGGUUGGAUUGUUGCGUUUAGUUUAGAUUGCUGGGUCAAAGCAAAUAAACGCUUUGCUUCUAUUAGUAUUAUGAUCUCUAUAUACCUUUCAAAAACUGUAUGUGAUUUAUAUAAUAAAUAUUUCUAGUUUUGA